UUGGUCUGUUUGCAAUACAAGAUUAGUUAGCUAUUGUAAUACGACACGAGUCGUAGACAGACAGGCAGUAGCCCGUGGUCGAGACAAAGCGUCGCAGACGUAAGCUAGCUAACGCAGUGAACCCCAGUUCAGGCAUCGAGUGUUGUGAACCAUGGCCGUCGCAGCAGCCCAGAAGAACCGCGAGAUGUUCGCCAUCAAGAAGUCCUACAGCAUCGAGAACGGGUAUCCGUCCCGUCGUCGAUCGCUGGUAGACGAUGCCCGCUUCGAAACACUCGUCGUCAAACAGACCAAACAGAGUGUUCUGGAAGAGGCUCGAGCCCGUGCUAAUGACUCUGGCUUAGACGAUGAUUUAAUCCAAGAUCCUCAUUACAACGGCGAGAAGAAUGUAGACAACCAAUAUGAGGAGAAAAAUGAUGCAGCAAACGAUAACAGCGCAAAAGCUGAUGAUGACUACACUUUGACAGAAGAGGAAGUGAUCCUACAGAAUGCGGCUAGCGAAAGUCCUGAGGCCGAACAGGCUAUCCAGCAGGCCGCUAUUUUGCUCCGCCUGCGAGAAGGAAUGGGCUCCCUCGCUCGCAUCCUCAAAACCAUCGACAACUACAAAGGUUGCGUGGAACACCUCGAAACCCGCCCCUCACAAGUGAGCGGCAACCAGUUCGACGCCCUCGUGAAAGUCAGCAUGACCAGAGUCAACCUUCUGCAGCUGAUCCGCUCCCUGCGUCAAUCCACCUCCUUCGCCGGGGUCAACCUCAUCUCCGACAGCAACAUCUCCAACAAAACCCCAUGGUUUCCACGCCAUGCGUCCGAUCUCGACAACUGCAACCAUCUGAUGACCAAAUACGAGCCGGAACUCGACAUGAACCACCCGGGCUUCGCCGACAAGGAGUACAGGGCUCGUAGGAAGGACAUCGCGGAGAUCGCGUUCGGUUACAAAUACGGGGACCCGAUCCCGUCCAUCGUGUACACUGAGUCGGAGAACUCGACCUGGCAGCGAGUGUUCAACACCGUGCUGGACCUGAUGCCCAAGCACGCCUGCAAGGAGUACAAGGUCGCGUUCGAGAAGCUCCAGGCGGCGGACAUCUUCGUGCCCCACCGCAUCCCUCAGCUCGAGGACGUGAGCAACUUCCUGCGGCAGCACACCGGCUUCACGCUGCGCCCCGCCGCCGGCCUGCUCACAGCCCGGGACUUCCUCGCCUCGCUCGCCUUCCGCGUCUUCCAGUCCACGCAGUACGUCCGCCACUCCAACUCGCCCUUCCACACGCCCGAACCGGACUGCAUCCACGAGCUCCUCGGACACAUCCCCCUCCUAGCUGACCCUGGCUUCGCUCAGUUCUCACAGGAGAUCGGUCUCGCUUCCCUCGGCGCCUCAGACGCAGAAAUCGAAAAGUUAUCCACUGUAUACUGGUUCACCGUUGAAUUCGGACUAUGCAAGGAGAACCAACAGCUGAAAGCGUACGGUGCAGCUCUGCUGUCAUCCAUCGGAGAGCUUCUUCACGCACUCAGUGACAAACCGGAAUUGAGGCCUUUCGAACCAGCAUCCACCUCGGUGCAACCCUACCAAGACCAGGAGUACCAGCCCAUCUACUACGUGGCAGAAAGCUUCGAAGAUGCCAAAGACAAAUUCAGACGCUGGGUGUCAACGAUGUCGAGGCCGUUCGAGGUGCGAUUCAACCCCCACACAGAGCGCGUGGAAGUACUAGACUCGGUCGACAAGCUGGAGACCCUCAUCUGGCAGCUCAACACCGAGAUGCUCCACCUUACCAACGCUAUUCAGAAGCUAAAGGGCUCGCGAUUCGAGUGAACCCCGACACCAGAGGCCGGCUCGACUCGACUCGGCGCGACUCGAUUCGACCGACUCGACUCGGGCCUUCGACAAUUUUAGUGAUUUGUAUAGCUAGUGAUAUCGUAAUGUAAGACUGUCGUGAGUGUGCGUGAGGCCAUCGGAUGGUAUUUUGUAUAUUAUUAUUUAUUGUGCCGAGCUCAUUGCCCGGGUCUCGCCGGUCCGGCCUCCCGAUUGCCCAUUUACGGAGGCCGCACCACAUUCGAGGCCACCAACUAUUUUAUUAGUAUUAAUUUAUAAUUUAAUUUGUGAAACACAAACAAAAAAUGGAGCACCAAAAGUUUAAAAAGCCAAACAAAUAUAUGUGUUUG